UGACAAUGAAUGAUUGUUUUGAUUGUUAACUUUUUAUUCGUAUCCUGAUUGGUCGAUGGAUCAAUCAAUGGUUUCUAUGACUGCGCGGUUGUUUAUUUUUACAUUUACAUUGAACUGUGCGCAGUAUCAUGUUUGACUCGUGAAGUUAACCUUGUGUUGACAGAAGAAUUUUGAGCAUCUGCACUGCUGUCGUUCUCGAAGAUUUAUUUCCUUGAUUAGGCGGAAGAGAAAGAUCCUGCGCAACAGAAUUACUACUGGAUAACGUGACGUAAAGUGUCGGGUAAACGAGAGUUGUGUGAAAAUUUUUGAGAGAACAGUGGCUGAGUGAUGAGUAAUUCAUUUUUGGAUGACAUGAAUUAUUCUUUCACUCCAAAUUGUGUGUUUGAUGCUCUCCAAUAUCAACGAAAAGUAUAAUUUAUGUUGAAGGAGCACUGUACUUGGAAUAAACACCCAUUUGAGGUUCCUGUUGGAUCAAAACAGCAUCAUUAAACCACUUGGGAAAUAUUUCGGUCCCAGUGGAAAUUCAACUCCAGUGUUUAGAGUCGUUGAGUGGAGUGACCUUCCUCUGAGUGAAGGUGCAUUCGUUGCGUUACGAGGAUUCGUAAAAUUUCCUUUCAGACUAACUCAACAGAACGGGAACACAUGCGCCGUGGGUGCUGUGACUGAUGGAUUUUUGAAACUGACAGUAAAAAUUGCAUCAAUCGAAGGUUUAUCAGGAAAUUGGGAGAAAGGGGAAUUGAUUAAACUUCGUGGCAGAAUAUCUGAGGAUGAUGAAGUGGCAAAAAGAUUGAGCAUUGAAGUUACGAACGGAUUUGCACUCUCGCGUUCAGAAGGUGCUCGAUUAUCUCUCGAUCAAAUAUUGACAGUUACUAAGAAUGUAGAAAAGAGGAAUUAUCGCUGUUGUUAGGAGACUCGAUGCAAUCAGAAGCGUUGGGAGAGUGAAGAAAUUUACCCUCUUUAAAUUUCAACUGGACAACAUGAGAGGGAGACAGGUUCAGUGUUGUGCUUGGGGAGAGAGUGCAUCUACGUGCUCUCAAAUGGCCACAUUGAACGCAAUCCUCCAUAUUGAAGGAGCACGUUCCAAACUCAUUGAAGCAAAUCAAAGACAGUUCAAUGGUGGUAACGUUAAUUUCGAGCUCAAUAUGAACACCACAACAGUCCUGGAAAAUGUAGGAGUUUCGUCAGAUGAUGUCAGAGAGGAUAUGCAGGUGUAUACCCCAACUCGCUGGGAGGAUCUCUCAUUUUCAGCUGACCAGUUUAUUGCUGUUGAAGCUUGGAUUAAAAAUGUCUUUCAUAAUGCUCAAAUCGAUGGCCAUCCAGGAGCCACUGGCACUAUUACAGAUGGUCGUAGGAAGCUUCUUGUACGCGUUGUCAAUGAUGCUGGUCUAAUUGAAGACAUCGAAAGAGGUUUUCCAGUUGAAAUUCGAGGACAGCUACUUGAAGAACCAUAUGUGCCAAAUCGUCUGUUUCUCAGAAUCCCAUCUGGAGCACGCGUUGAUCGCAGGGAAGGACAGCCCAUCCCCUUUGAGCAACUGAUUCUAAUCAAUGCCAAUGUUCAUCGUGAAAUUCGUCCUGCUGUACCAGUUGUUGAGCCAGUUGUCGUGCCAGUUGUCCAGCCAAUUGUCCAGCUAAUUGUCAAGCCAUUCAUUGAUCCAGAGGCUGAACCAGAAGACGAUGAUAUCUAAUUAAUUAAUCGAAGGAGUAGCAGCACUUCGUUUUUUCAUUGACAAAAAUUUAAUUUCGUCACUCUCCACGGUCUGAAGUCAUUGAAAAGUGUUUCAAAAUGAUAGAAAUUCGUUCUCAUAUUAAUUUUGACAUUAAUGACUGUUCAUUAAUUGUUCAAUUGAUAACUAGAUCCAUCGUUCUCUUUAUUUUGGUUAAUCAAUCAAUUUCCCGGUAAAUUGAUGGGAUUUUUUCCUUUUUUUGGUAGUUGAAGUCGAGACUUUAAUGAUUACCAGAUACUUACCAAUACCAGUUAUUGAUUUAUUUAAUUAUUGAUUUAAUUAAUGGAGUUACUGUCGUGGAUUUUACCCUCAAUACACUUCAGAGUGUCUUCUUCGCAAAAUUCCAUUUGCCUUUGGUGUAUUUAUUGAUUUUAAUGUAUUAUUUGCAAAAUAUUUAGUAUUCAGAAAUAAAUGGAAAAUUUCGUUCAA